AUGGAUGCAUGCUAUGCAAGAGGGCUUUUAGAUGAUGACAGAGAAUACAUAGAUGCAAUCAAUGAAGCAAGUCUUUGGUCUACUGCAACAGCAAUGAGAAAACUUUUUGUAGUCUUAUUAACAUCCAACUUGGUUAACCGGCCCGAAAACGUAUGGUGUCAAGUAUGGCAUCACUUGGCAGAGGACGUACUAUUUAAUAGGCGGAGGUUAUUCUCCAAUGAUGAAUCUUGGAACCACAACAAUCGUUUGUUGUGUGAUGAGCUUGGAUAUGAUCGGGAUGCUCUACUUAUAGAGAGCGGCAGGUUAGAAAGUCAAUUAACUGAUGAGCAAUCUUUGGUGUACAACACGAUCCUAAAUGAUGUACAAGAACAGAAGGGCGGCUUUUUCUUUGUUUAUGGAUAUGGCGGCACCGGAAAGACAUUUGUUUGGAAAGCACUCUCUGCAAAAAUAAGGUCACAAGGAAAAGUGGUCCUUAAUGUUGCAUCUAGCGGUAUUGCUUCUUUGCUCUUGCCAGGCGGUCGGACAGCUCACUCGCGGUUUGCUAUACCUAUUGCCGUUACAGAAGACUCGACAUGCAACAUAUCUCAAGGUAGCUAUCUUGCCCAACUAUUGAUAACUGCAAAGCUUAUAAUAUGGGACGAAGCACCAAUGAUGCACAAACAUUGCUUCGAAUGUCUAGAUAGAACUUUGAAAGAUCUUAUGCGGGUCCAAGAUUGCAAUAGUGGUAGUAAGACAUUUGGUGGUAAAACGAUGGUAUUAAGAGGUGAUUUUAGACAAAUACUACCGGUUGUGCCGAAAGGAUCAAGGCAAGAUAUUGUUUCUGCAACAAUAAACUCUUCUUACUUGUGGGGAUCAUGUCAAGUCUUGAGGUUAACAAAGAAUCUUCGCCUAAAUACAGAUGAACAAGGUGCUAAUAUUGAGGAUAUUANUUUAUGGAUGCAUGCUAUGCAAGAGGGCUUUUAG